CAGGUGGGGCGUGGGCCAGUCAUGGCGGAACCCUGGUCUGGGCAGGCCUUGCAGGCUCUGCCGGCCACGGUGCUGGGCGCGCUGGGCGCUCUGGGCAGCGAGUUCUUGCGGGAGUGGGAGGCACAGGACAUGCGCGUGACCCUCUUCAAGUUUUUGCUGCUGUGGUUGGUGUUAAGUCUCCUGGGCAUCCAGCUGGCGUGGGGGUUCUACGGGAAUACGGUGACCGGAUUGUAUCACCGUCCAGGUCUGGGUGGUCAGAAUGGAUCCACGCCUGAUGGCUCCACGCAUUUCCCUUCGUGGGAAAUGGCAGCAAAUGAACCUCUCAAAACCCACAGAGAAUAAGAGAAGGCAGCAGAGGGUCUCCAAGGACAUCACUGGGUCUGCUGGCUUCUACACUGAGUUCUGCUGCUUACCAGACCCCAGGGACAACUGCCAGGGGUUCAGGGUUGGUAGCAGGGAGUACCCCAGUGCCUGUGGGGCUGAGCCUCCUCUGCCCCUUGGCCUUGCUCCCUUGCCCAGGCACUGGGCAAGUGAAGAGUUUGCCUGUACCUUUUCUGGGUGCCUUAAGUAGAGAAAUUGUGUUCCUCCUCUCUCAGGGGUGACAACUCAGGAAGCCUCUGAGUUGGGAAGGCCAAUAGUUCUUUUGUCUUGAGUUUCUUUUUCUGUCCCUCUUCACAUCCCCCUGAAAUAUAACCCCAUAAAAACUUUUCCUGAGUUGACUGGGUGCAGUGGCUCACACCUGUAAUCUCAACACUUUGGGAGGCCAAGGCAGGCAGAUCAUAAGGUCAUGAGUUCAAGACCAGCCUAACCAACAUGUUGAAACCCCAUCUCUACUAAAAAUACAAAAAUUAGCCAGGCAUGGUGGGAGACAACUGUAAUCCCACCUACUCCGGAGGCUGAGGCAGGAGAAUUGCUUGAACCUGGGAGGCAGAGGUUGCAGUGAGACAAUAUCAUUGUGCCAUUAUACUCCAGCCUGGAUGACAGAGAAAGACUCCGUGUCAAAAAAAAAUAAUUCCUGAGAGGAAGCCGGAGGUUAACCAGCUCUGGGGUUUGUAAGGCAGGUCUGUUUUCUCCUAAGCCCUGAGUUUUCUGAAUCUCAUUUUGCUUUGUUGGCAAUGAGCCAGGGAAUCCUGACCUGAGCCAGACCUUAAGCUCUGUGAUUACUUAGCUGGCCAUUCAGGUAUAAGGCAGUGUGGUGGUGUCCCUACAGGCACCAUCCAGAUGGAGGCACAAAACACCCACAUCCCUGGCCCAACCAGACUUCUCCUAUGAGCCAGGCUAAGGAGAUUGUCAUCUGCCAACUGUCCUAUUCAUGUUCCUCUCAGUCUUUUUUGGGGGUAAGCUGGGUGCCUGAAGGAGCACAGCUGAACGCCGGGAGUGGCCUCCUACCCCCUAAUGCUUAAGUGCCUAUGGGAACUUGAGUCUGUACGUUGUUCCCACAUAGGAUGGUACCAAGCAGUUAGUGCACAGUGGCCCUAUCAUAGCCUGCAGCCUCAUCAUUUCCCAUCUAGACCUGGUACAAACCACCUCACAGGCUCAGCUCUUCCCUACUAGCAUCUUUACCUUCAUGAACCAGGCAGUCCUGCCAUGUCACAAAAGGCCAGGGGACUUUCCAAAGGUGUGGGUGACAAAUGCCCCUAUAGAAACACCAGUACCUGAAAGCACUGUAACCCUGGACCUGCCUCCUUCCCUGAUGGCCAUACUUCUGCCUCCAUCUGCUGGGCCACCAGCCACUUUAGUGACUCCUGCCUACUUCCCCUCUGUUGGAUGUCACACUUCCAUCUGGCUGCAUUUGCCUAAGCCAUCUUUGUGGUAGAGGUGCACUGGAGUUGCGGCUAUACUGAGGAUGAUGGUCUUCACAGCCCCAGGCCCACCCUCUAAUACUACAACACAGAAUCAGAGUGUCACAUUUCACCCCAGGCUCAAGUGAGGAUGUGGCUUAUUAAACCCGGAAGCGCA